CAUCAUCAUUCCAUGCCAUUCCAUUGCUCUCAUUACAGCAACUUGCAGUGAUCUGCUGAAAAUACAUUAAUACUAGGCAAGUAAACUACUGGUGAGAUGGGAACAUGACAGACAAAACAAGCGACCAGGCCAGAGUUGGAGGUUGCAGAUUGCAAGAGGGCAGCAAGAUUCCAAUAGAAGAAACCAACAGGAGGCAGCAUAGCAGGAGUAACUAGAGGACAGAUCAGAGAUUGGUGCACUGCAGUACCAACCAGCCUACCCAUCUGCCCUCACAGUGCAUACGUUGGGUAAUAGUAGAUGCAGUACAAAACUAACAUUUGUCACAUACUUGCAGCAACAUCUCAUCAUUUAUACUACUUCACAGUCCCCCAAGUCCCAACUCCUUGCACCAGCAGAGCUAACAGCUCUCCCAAUCCCAAGAAACACCUCGAGAUGCAUGCUACAUAGAUAGAGAUUGGUUUUGUAGUGUUAUCAACUGACCAUCGGGUGAAGAGAUGGGAGAAGCAGAAGAAGCAGUGACAGCACCAGAAGGCAGCCAUGGCGAGGCACUGAAGCUUCUGCAGUCCUUGGCCUCCUCUUCGCUGGCCUGCUCCGUUACGCAGUUCCCAGUGAAGUGGCAAACGAUCAAAGACAAGCUUCAGCAGUUCUGCUGCAACCUGAAUUCAUUGUGCAGCGGCGUCGGCGCCAAUGGCGGCGACGAUGAUGGAGAGAAUCAUAUGCUGGUUCAGUUUAUGCAGUCAGCUUCAGCAACCGUGAGGAGCAUCCAAGUUAUUGCUUCUCAGUGCAGUGAAGGGUCCUACAAGGGUGGAAGGCUUCGUCUGAGGAGUGACCUGGACAACCUGAGCUCCAAGCUUGAUGCACACAUGAAGCAGCUCAAGGAGAUGGCUUGCUCCGGGAUGCCAUCGGCAUCGAGGGCCAUCAUCGCGGUGAGGCCCGGCAUUGAGGCCAGCAUAGGUGAGAAGACGUUCUACCUCAAGGAUCUCUUCUCCAGGAUCAGGAUUGGUGACACUGUCCAGAGAGGCCAGGCACUGGCCACCAUUAGAGAGCUCUUGGCAGAAGAUGAAGUGUGUGCAAAGGUUGUUGCUCUUGACACCGAGGACGGCAUCGCCUUGCUCACCGGGUUUCUCGAGUCGAGAGAUGUACGCAUCCAGGAAGAGACUGCAGGUGCCGUCGCCAUUGUUGCAGGUUCCGAGUACUACAGAGGAAUGCUGGUUAAGGCAGGGGUGAUUGCUCCAUUGGUUCAGCUGCUGGAGAAUAAAGACACUGCCAGUGAGCUAGCCAAGGAGAGGGCAGCUCAGGCACUGAGGGAGCUGACGGAGAACUCCGACAACGUGUGGGCCGUCUGCGCGAACGGCGGCCUAACCACGCUGCUGCACUCCUGUGCCAAUGCCGACAGCAGCAGCAAGCUGAUCAGCUCAUCUUUUGCAGUGCUGAGGAAUCUGAGCAGGGUGGAAGAAGUGAAGAUGUUCAUGGUGGAGCAAGGGGUGGUCACGGAGCUGGUGAAGCUCUCCCAGAAGAAAGAAGAAAUCCGCAAGCUCGGUGCCGUCGAAUUGCUCCAUGCCAUGGCUCUGGAUGAUGCCGAUGUCAGAGAAGAAGCAGUCAGCAUGGGGGUGAUCCAAUCACUCCUUCAGUUGAUAUACCCUGACCUUCCAUACUCCUACAAGGCCAGGGAGGUUGCUCUUGCAGCCAUUUGGUUCUUCUGCUUCUCUUCUGCAAACUCAUUAGAUGACCUAAUCAGCUCGGAUAGUCUCGGCUGGCUGCUCUUCUACCUCAACAAUGUCGACUAUGCUGUCCUUGAAUGCACCCUCAAAAUUCUGAGGCACCUCUCUGAGGUUUCAGAGGAGUACAACAGGAUGAUGGGAAGAGCAGGGUAUUUGAGCGCCCUGGCAAGCCUGCUUGGAGCGAAAUCCUGUCGAGUCCGGGAAAUGGCAGCUCAAGUGCUUUCCAGCUUACUACUGCUUCACCCCAAUCGCGUCAUUUUCGUUCAAGACAGCGACAAUUUGAAUAGGCUGCUGCAGCUGCUUGAUCCGGCUGAGGGCAAGCUGAUGGCAAAAGACUUGAUCCUCUCUGCUAUCAUGUCCUUGGCAGAGACCAACAGUGGAAGGAAGAAGAUUGUGACAUCCGAGCACUUCAGCAGCCUGAAAGAACUGGCAGACUCUGGCGACUUCGACGCUAAGAAGGUCGUUAGAAAACUAUCUGCUAACAGACUGCAAACCAUUUUCAGCAAAAUAUGGAGUGCUUAAGUUAUUUCUGACACAAAUCUUCUCUGAUGUCUUUACUGCGUAGUUUAUUUGAUGUCCAUAGUUCUUGUUUUUCUUGUCAUCUCGUUUUAAUUGUUAUGAUCCCUUUACGUUGUACAUUGCAACUUCAGUCAAUUCAAGGUUUUU